AUGGAAAAUAAUCCUUGCGGCUUGGCUUUGCUGCGAAUAGUAUCUAGAGGAAACGCUAUCAUUGCUGAAAUAUUGCGGCUUAAAGAUUACAUCCCUCCAGCUUAUAGAUUAAACAGCAAGCAAGAUUUACAAAAAUAUGGUCAAAUAAUAUUAGAUUUUUCAUAUUUUAAUAAUUCAAUUGAAGUUGAAAAAAAAAUUGAAUCAAAUCCAGUCUUAAAGGAUUUAAAUGAAGAAUUGAAAGAAAAUAAUUUGGAAACCAUUAACCAGUUCUAUUUUUUAUUUGAAAAUGUAUAUAAAUACAUACGCGAUUUAAAUGAAUAUCUUGAUGAAGUUGAGGAAGGGUCAUAUAUUCAACAUACUAUUGAAACCAUGUUCCUUACAAUUGAAGGAAAACAACUAUUGUGUGAAUCGUUGUAUUUAUAUGGUGUUAUUUUAUUAUUUAUUGACAUUUACAUUGAAGGAAUUAUUAGAGAGCGAUUGUUGGUAGCUUACCAUCGUUACAAUGCACAAGACUAUAAUAGUGAAAAUCCAAUUGAUGAUAUUUGUAAAUUAUUACGUUGUACAAAACAGAACUCAGUUAAAUCUAUAUCAUCGUACCCAGAAAAUUAUUUCAAAAGAGUACCAGUUAAUAAAAAUUUAAUAAAUUUGUCUAUUGGAAGACUAAGAUCAGAUGAUAUAUACAAUCAAAUAUCAUCAUAUCCAAAUCCAGAUCAUAGAAGUAUUGCACUAGCUGGUCAAGCUGCAAUGUUGUUUGUUUGUUUAUUUUUCAAACCUAAAACAUUACAUGAAGAAUUUGCUAUUAUGAGAGAAAUAGUUGAUAAAUUUUUUCCAGAUAAUUGGGUUGUUAAUGUUUACAUGGGUGUAACAAUAAAUAUAAUUGAUUCAUGGGAAUCUUUUAAAGCAGCUAAAACAGCUGUAAAUAAUACAAUUCAAACAGCAGAAAUAAGUCGUUUGGCAAGUUCUCGUUCUGUGAAUCUGCAGAAAAUAAUAAUUGAGAUAAAAAAAAUACUCGGAAAUCCUAAUAUUGAAAAAAAAAUAUUGGAUAAUAUUAACUCUGUUAUGAAUCUUUGUCGGAGUUGUAAUGUUCUGCUAAGAUGGUAUUUAUUACAUACAUCAACGAAUCAUCUUCUUUCAGAAAAUACCAAAAAAAGUAAACAAAUCUGUGAUCAAAUUUAUAAUCAGAGCUUGUAUAAUGAUGGUCUAAUUUUUGAUUUAUUAAUAACUACUGCAGACUUUGAAUUAAAAAUAAAAGACACAUUUAAAAGUUUGUUGGAUGAAAAAGAAGUUAGAUGGCUUAAACGGAAAGAUGACUGUGUUGAACGUAUGAAUGAAUUAUCAGAAAUCUUUUCGGGUUUAACAACUAUGUCACGUGUAAAAAAAAAUGAAAAUUUACAGAUUUGGUUUAUUAAUAUUGGGAAACAGAUUGAAAAAAUUUCUAUGGAAGAUGAACUUGUAACUAGUAGAAAAAUCACCCAAAUAAUCAAAGCUUUAGACGAGGUCCAAGAAUUUCAUCAACUUGCUAAUAAUUAUCAAGUGAGUCAGACUAUUAAAGAUACACAUACUUAUCUUCGUGAAAUGAUGAAAACGAUAAGUGUCAAAGAUAAUGUCCUAAUAGAUCUUCAAAUCAUCGGAGAUUUUAGUUAUGCUUGGUAUCAUAUUGAUAGAUUCACUGGUCUGAUGCAAAAUACAAUAAAAGAAGAACCUUCAUUUGUGAUCAAACUUCGAGCAACAUUUUUAAAGCUGGUGUCAUGUAUGGAAGUACCUCUUAUACGGAUUAAUCAGUCUGGUAGUGAAAACUUAAUGUCAGUUAGUAAAUAUUAUUCACAUGAGUUAAUAGAAUACAUACGUAAAGUACUUCAUAUAAUUCCUGAGACCAUGUUCAAAUACAUGACUAAAAUAGCUACUUUACAAACAGAUAUUAUUAAAGAAAUACCCACUAGAUUAGAAAAGGAUAAACUUAAUGAUUAUGCACAACUUGAUGAAAGACUUGAGGUAGCCAAGCUGACUAAUGCUGUGUCUGUGCUAACAGAAGGUGUAUUAUGUAUGAAAAGCACCCUAGUUGGUGUUGUGGAAAUUGAUCCCAAACAACUUCUCGAAGAUGGAAUUCGAAAAGAGUUAGUUCAACACAUAGCAGUUGCACUCCACAAUGGUCUUAUAUUCAACCCUAAAGCUAAGACUAGUGAGUUAUUACCUAAACUUGAUGCUCUUAGUAACACUAUGGCUGGUUACCGUCGUUCAUUUGAGUAUAUACAAGAUUACAUUGGUAUAUAUGGCUUAAAGAUAUGGCAAGAAGAAUUAAGUAGAAUCAUUGGCUAUAAUGUUGAAAUGGAAUGUAAUAGCUUUAUGCGUGCAAAAAUAUUAGAUUGGCAAAGUGUUUACCAGAGUAAAGUUAUACCUGUUCCGUCAUUUGAGCCGUGUGAUGGUCAAUCUAUGACAUUUAUUGGCCGACUUGCUAGAGAACUGAUUCGCAUUACUGAUCCAAAGGUUGCUGUUUAUAAAGAGCAAACUACAGCAUGGUAUGAUUAUAAGACAAAUGAGGAGAUUAUUAAUAUAAGAUUUUAUUCAAAUAUAAUUAACUCAAUAAACGUUUGUGGACUUACUGGCUUAGAUAAACUCAUUGGAUUUAUGAUAGUUUCUGAACUUAAGAAGCUAUUGGAUUAUUUACAAACAAACAUAAUUAAAGAUAGAGAGUGGUUACAAAUUCUUGGUACAAUAACAAAAGAAUUGAUUUCAAAUGGCAGUAUUAUAAGUAAUCCAGUUAAGACAUAUCAAAAACACUGCUCAAAAUUUCAAAAAAUACUACCUACUAUUUUGGAUUCUAUCAUGAGAAUUGGACAGCUUCAGAUUAUACGCAAGCAAAUAUUUUUUGAACUUGAAGUUUCGUGUAAAUUAAAUGCUAGAAAUUUAUUUGAUUGCUUAGAAGCAAUGAACAAAGCUGUAUUAAAUGAAGUAAAAGCACAUUUUAGAGACCCAGAAAAUAAACCAUACCCAGCUGAUGACAACCCACUAUUACCAGAACUGAGUAAAAUGUUGGAUUGGGCAGGAAUUGGAAAUCCAUACUUAAAAAUGUAUAUAACUACAAACACUACUCAAUACAUAUCUUUAAUUGCAUUUUUAUUCACUAUUUCACAAUUCUCAAAACUACAAUAUACAGAAAAUUUAGCUCUAUUGAUGUGGAAAAAAAUUGGAGAUCCUGUUGAUGGUGCUCCAUUGUAUAUAGGUGUGCAGACAUUCUUAAAACAAUUUCAUCCAGACAUAACUACACAAUAUUUAGAGUAUUUAGCUCAAUACAUCAAAUCAAUUAUUAACCACUGUACCAAAUCAAUUGAAAAACUUGAAAUACCUAAUGAAUAUUAUGUCACUCAAUUUUAUGUGGAAAGGUUUAUUUUCGUCGGGGAAUUAAAUCAGCAAAUAUUUUUAGAAAUGGUACCACACUUUUUAACUGAUACACUUGAACAUUUGAAGAAUCUAUCAAUAAAGUAA